AUGGCGCACUCGCAAUACAGAGUCUUAAUGCUACCGCCUCCAGGCGCCGUGGUAGCACCAAACGGCUUCCCAGCAGAUCCUCGACCCAGAGCGGCGCCAAAAAUAUUCCUUGAUGCCAUGGAAGUUCGCAUAAGGGUCUUCUGCGACGAGCAAAACUGCGCCUUGGAGGCAGAGCUAGAUGAGGACGACCCUAGGUCAUGGCACUGGGUCGCUUAUCGUUCGACAAAGUCAGGUCCAAACGAGCCAGUUUCUGUCAUACGGAUCGUUCCUCCGCCACAUGAUCCUCACCCAAAUGGCCCCAGUGAUCCGAAUGAAGAACCAUACAUCAAGCUCGGGCGUGUGGCAACCAUGGCCAAUCAUAGGGGGAAAGGACUGAGCCGGCUUCUGACCGAGGAAGCGCUUCAAUGGCUUGCUGCACACAGGGAUGAGGUUUCUACGGGGUGGAAGGGCCUCGUUCUCUGCCAUGCCCAGGUCGCUGUGGAGAAAAUGUACGCGAAGUUGGGUUUUGUGACUGACGAAAGCCUGGGCCGAUGGGACGAGGAAGGAAUUGAACAUCUUGGGAUGUGGAAGCGCUUGUAG